CGAGCGGGGCAGGCAGUCUAGCCAGGGUGUCGGAGCAGGGCGGCUCGGUGUCCGUCCACCGUGGACUUUGGGUUCAUUUUGCCUGGAAAGAGACGUUGACGUAGUCUGCUUCGUGUUCAGAAAUGUUUUUCGUCGUGGCUUUCGUCCUGCUUGGGACAGCACUGCGGGUGAACAGCGAGCUCCACUCGCUCACCUACAUCUACACGGCCUUCAACAAACCCUACGAGCGCCCUGGGAUCCAUAUGUUCACCGCCAUGGGUAUGCUGGACGGCAGGAUGAUCGACUACUACGACAGCAAGACGAAGGAGAAGGUUCCCAAACAGGAGUGGAUGCGGGAGAGGCUGGAUAAAGAGUACUGGGCGAAAGGCACCCAGUCCCGACAGAGCAAAGAGCAGUGGUUCGGAGUCAACAUCGGCAUCCUGAUGAAACGGAUGAACCAGACUGACGAAGGCCAUCACACUCUUCAGUGGAGGCACGGCUGUGUGAUUGAAAAUGGUUUGACCGUCCCUCCCCAGUUUAAGAGCGGCAUGGACAUGUACAGCUACGAUGGAGAAGACUUCCUGUCCUUUAAUGAUGCUGAUUCAAACUGGAUUGCCCCGGUGCCAGAAGCUGAACUGACCAAGAGGAAGUGGGAUGGGGUCCAGGUCCUGAAGGAAUACACCAAAAGCUACCUGGAGAAGGAGUGUGUCGAUUGGCUGACCAAGUUCAUGGUGUAUGGGGAGAAGGAUCUCAAAAAGGCCUCUCCACCAGAUGUGUAUGUGUUUGCGAGGACGUCCAAAAAGAACAGCGCAAACAACAUUUUGACCUGCAUGGCCACAGGUUUCUACCCAAAAGAUAUCAUCAUGAAGGUCAGGAGGAAUGGCCGUGUUUUAGACAAGGACGACGGGCUGCAGUCGACGGGAAUCCGCCCAAACGAUGACGGCACCCACCAGAUCAGGAUGAGCGUGGAGAUUUUGAAUUCCGAUUCUGCCGAGUACAUCUGUGAGGUGGAGCACCGAGCAACUAACAUGAAAGAAACCAGAAUCUGGGAUCACGAAGUUAAGUGUGAUUGUACCGGUGGAAUCAUUGGAGGCGCUCUCGGUGGACUGCUGGUUGGUGUACUGCUGGUUGGUGCGGCUGUAUUUGGAGUGUUGAUGUUCAUGUACGUUAAGAGGAAGGGACCAUUUGCGAAUAGAGGCAGAGCCAAAGCCGCAAACACCCCCUCAGCACCGACUCCCAUCUACAAAGGCAGUGUCGCAGUUCCCAUUCCUUCAGUGACCGCACCACUCCUAGCACCCAAUGGGGCAGCCAAUGGGACAGGCAGUGUUGUAGCUCCCAUUACUUCAGUGACCACACCACUCCUAGCACCCAAUGGGGCAGCCAAUGGGCCACCCAAUGGGGCAGCCAAUGGGCCACCCAAUGGGGCAGCCAAUGGGCCACCCAAUGGGGCAGCCAAUGGGCCAUCCAAUGGGACAGGCAGUGUUGCAGCUCCCAUUACUUCAGUGACCACACCACUCAUAGCACCCAAUGGGGCAGCCAAUGGGCCACCCAAUGGGCCACCCAAUGGGGCACCCAAUGGGCCACCCAAUGGGCCACCCAAUGGGGCAGCCAAUGGGGCAGCCAAUGGGUCACCCAAUGGGCCACCCAAUGGGACAGGCAGUGUCGCAGUUCCCAUUACUUCAGUGACCACACCACUCCUAGCACCCAAUGGGGCAGCCAGUGGGACAGGUAAUGGGCCACCCAAUAGGGCACCCAAUGGGCCACCCAAUGGGGCAGCCAAUGGGGCAGCCAAUGGGGCAGGCAGUGGGCCACCCAAUGGGCCACCCAAUGGGGCAGGCAAUGGGGCAGGCAGUGGGCCACCCAAUGGGACACACAAUGGGGCAGGCAAUGGGGCAGGCAGUGGGCCACCCAAUGGGACACCCAAUGGGGCAGGCAGUGGGGCAGGCAGUGGGCCACCCAAUGGGACACCCAAUGGGGCAGGCAAUGGGGCAGGCAGUGGGCCACCCAAUGGGACACCCAAUGGGCCAUCCAAUGGGACAGAAGGAGGACCCCCAGAGCAGGAGGGCCCAGCAGCCAAACAUCAGACUGAUGCAGCUGGUGACAGGCAGAGUCAAGGCUCUGGUGAUUCUGGCCGUGGCUCAGACGAAGACAUCGUUAAAAGUUCAAGUCCCCCAGAGGCGAAUGGAGCAUCGGUCCAGCCAGUGGCCUGAGUUGUUUGCGAAAUGAAAUUCAGAAGUGAAACUAUGCUUUACUAUCUUUUCUUGUCGCGAGUAUUUGAAUUUAAAGGCGGCCAAAAAAUUUUAACAAUAAUCGUAAUGAUACAACUGAAAAACAAAGAGUAGAGACAGUAAAACGGAUGUCAACAAGACACAUUAAAGAUUGAGAUAACACAAAUAAAGAAAAAUCUGUAGAAACAACAAAAGACAAAAUAUGUAACAGAACAGAAUAAAAGAAUAAGACAAAAUAAUGUGACAGUUAAAAGAAAUGUUGAGUAAAUAAGUUCUCAGUUGUGGUUUAAAAAUAUUCUCAGAGUUUGUUGCAUCUCUUAGAGCCUCGGGAAGGGAAAUCCAUAAUUUUGGCGAGUAUUUUAAAAAAGGCUGAGCUGCCUAUUCUCUUACUUAGGUGAUAGUUUGUACCUAAAAAAAAAAACAGCGGCAGAGGAUCUAGGAGGCCAUUCAGGAUUAUACGACGACAAAAAAAUUGCGAUGUGGGCCCGUCCUAACCCACCGAGAGCCUUAUACAAGUGUUUUCUUCUAUUCAGACAAAUGAAGAGAAUGAGCUGUUCAUACCUGCUUGACAGUUUUGACUGUGUCUCCAGUCUUCCUCAGAAGCAUCCUACAAGAAAACACUUGUAUAUUGCAAUAGAAGACAAAAUUAACUUAAUCAGUUGGCCACUGAGAGCCUUAUAAAGAAGUAGAAGUUUAAAAUCAAUCCUAAAAGACAUAGGGAGCUGGUGUAGCUUCACUAAACCUGAGCUGAGCUCUAUUUCUUGUUGUAGUUGAAUGUCUGGCAGCAGAGCUCUGAAUUAAUUGGAGUUUAUCAGUGGAUUGUUUUAGAAGACCAGUGAAGAGAGCAUUACAGUAGUGUAGUCUGCUUGAAAUAAAUCAGCUAGUUUUUCAGCAUCGUGUUAUGACAUGAUGCCGGUGCCUUUGCAAUAUUCCUUAAAUGAAAGAAACCGUCACCAUCUUUUAAGUUUGAUUUAAAAUUCUAGUCUGAAUCAAGGAUAGUGCCCAGGCUCGUGACCUUCAUUCAUGACUCUGAAAAUCAAAAUGUAAGAAAAAAGGUCAGCUCAGCGUGCCUUUGAAUAUGUAAAUAUGAAAGAUUUGUGUUUAUGUGAUGUCUUUGCUGUUUUGAGAUAUUUACACAUUGUACGGCGUGUUAAAUGAAUAUAAUGAAAGACUCCUAACCAUCCAUCUGACCUCACGAGUCAAAGUGUGAACAUGUUUUUUUAUUUUAAUUAACUACUGUAGUAACAGGAAUGCUGUUCAUUAUUUUCGGUCCUCAUCUUCACCUGAGAUAGGUGAAAACAUGAAGGAGCUGCAGCAAAGAAAGUGACAAAUUUGCCGUGACAAACAGGUAUAAGAAUAUAUGGAAAAUGAGACAGAGCUAUGAUCUGAGCACAAACUAAUUUAUCACAUUUUCUGUUAAGAAAGGCCCAGAUGUGCGUCAGAUGUAACUGUCCUGCCAAAUCCAAAAUCAGAGGCCAUAGCAUUCAGUAAAUUGAAUCUUGCUUCCUUCUUGUGGUUUUAAUGCUCCUGACCAAGAAUUUCCAGUAUUGCAGAUGCAUAUCUUACGUAAAGAUAUCUGACUUCUUUUUUUUUUUAGACUCCCUCCUGAAUUUAGGACCGGUUCAGUUGUGCUCUGAAAUUGGGGACUCAUAAGUUUGGACGUGUAGUGAUUUGGGGACACUUCUUUCACAAUGUCCAAAUCUCAAAUGAACUCAGGAAAAGACAAACAUAAAUUAAGGCAGGACACUGUUAUGUCUGAGGCUCUGUGCUAAAUAUGAAUAAUUCAGUUAUACAUUUUUUGUAGUGAUAAAUGCAAUCGUAUUGCAGCUUGUAAAUAAUCACUGUGCACUUAAUAUACAUGAUUCAGUUUCAUUCAUUAUUGAAAAAUGUAACCUGCUUCUGAAUGCUUGGUUUUUGGAGUCCCUGUCUAUAGACUCCCAGUCUAGUGGGUGAAUGGUGUUUGCAGGCUCUGUGGUCACGUGGGCUUUUGUAAACUGAAUUUUCUCAAUAAAGCUUAUUUUUAAAAAGUC